UGGUGUCACUGGUGUCGGCAUUCGUCUGUUAUAGAAUGGAAAUAUUUGGCAGCACAUUUGAUGAAUCUGUAUUUGAGAAAUCGCGAAAUAGAGCUUCAUCAACAGUUCCUUUUUCAUAUAAGGCAAAGUCCUGCGAGCCAAGGUGGUUUUGUUACAGUGAGACAUAUGAAGAUGCUGUGGAGCAACAGAAAACCAUGAAGUUUAGGGCAGAUCUUAAAUAUAGAGAAAUGCGAUAUCAGAGUGCGCUGGAUGACUACACGGCUUGUCUGUCGUUGGUGCCCAGUAGCAAUCUUUCUGUCAAAAGAGACGUCUUGGAGGGUAUAGCACGAUGCUACAGUCACCUCGGGCGGACAGAAGAUGCCCUGGAGACCUGUGACAAGCUGAGGAAAGAGGCAACCAACACCUCUCACCUGACCUGCAUCCUUCAGCUGGAGCUGAGCAUCCAUGAGGGCUGUGGGGAUCUCAGGAGCAGCACCACCUGCUUGCAGGAGCUGUGCUCUCUUCACCCCUUCAACCCAUGGCACUGGCUGAAGCUGGCUAGAAGCUACCAGUGUCUCCUGGAGUACCCCACCCUCUCAGAGUGUCCGCGGAAGCCUCUGGAACCCCAGGCCUUGACGCAGGAGCAACGGGACGUGGCCCGGUUGCAGGCCUGCAUGUGUUUCAUUAGAGCAAGGCUCCUGAUUGGAAUACUGAAGAUUCAGCAGUUUUCAUUCGUGCUGGAGAGGAGCAAAAGAGCCUUGGAGGAUGCUGAGGACUCUCUGCAGAGGUUGCAGCUGGGAGAGAGAACGAUCAAAACUGUCUCUGAGGUGAUGUCAGAAGAUCUGAACCCAGAGAGAAUGCGUGAGGAGAACCAGGAUGGGGAGAGUUUAUCUGGCCUUUCCAUUAUAGACUUUGAUCAAAGGUGGUGGAACAAACUAUAUGCACAACUGCAUAUGUCACAGAAAAUGGAUUCAUCUGCUGAUGACAUAUAGCAAACCACCUGAACACAAAAGUAAAAGAAUGUAUUUAAAUAUAUGUGUACGAUGAAGAUUUUAAUUACUUUGUAUUGUGACAAAUGUAUUUUCACAAAUAUUUUAAAUGUUUGUGGUCUAUAUAUUUAUUGAUCAUGUAAAUAUUACUAUCAUUUUGUGGGGCUUUCCACAAUUUAACAGUACAAAUAUGUAAUAUUUGAUGUAUUCCAGCAGUCAGCUGAUAUUUUAAAUGAAUAAACCAUUUUUCCUCAAGUAAA